AAUGAGGACCGCCUUUUUCGCUAACCACGAUCAUUUGUACACUGUACAAUAAAUAUCCGUAGAUCGUUGUUUGAUAGUAGUUGGGCUUACAUAUAUUACUGAUCUCUUGUAAACUAUAACUGAUUAAAUUAUUCUUUCUAUAACAAUUACUAAUUAACCAUUAACCAUUACCUAUUACCCAUUACCCAUUACUGCAUACUAAGUAAUCGUAGUUGUCAUUAGAGCGUAUCCUGUAGAGUACUGUAAGCUGAAAAAUUGAGAGCCAAAAAAAAUAGAGUAUGCUAAAGUACUUAACACCAUUGCUCUAUAACAUCUAUAACAUCUAUACCACCAAAUAUGGCAGUUCCCACUAUAAAAACAAUCGAGUUCAAUUUGAGUCAGUAUUCAACUCAAUUAGAAGCUCUUAAAAUACCCAGUCUUGAAUCAUACACAUCUAAUUCAUCAAUUCGUCUGUCUGGGUCACCAUAUUUAUUAAGAUUUAAAUUAAAUCAAUUAAGUUCAAAUAUCACUAACUUAUACAAAAGCUUUCAACAGGGGAAUUUUAAGAAUCACAAACAUUAUGCAGAAUUACAAACUAAAUUUAAUCAUCUUGUUCAUGAUGUGAUUGAUGAGAAUAAAUAUGUAGUAGAUUCAUUAAUUAGUGACUUUGAUAAACUGAACACGCCAACAACUGAUACUAUUGAUGAAAUUAAUGAAAUUAAUGAAAUACUGUCAACAUCAACUAUUAUACCGACAACAACUGAACAAAAAGAUGCCCGUCAUGAAGAUUUGAAUUCACUUCGUCAACGUCUUUUAACAUCUAAAUCAUCUCAAUUAGAUGAAUCAAAUAAAACUAAUACAUCACAUCUUAAUGAUUAUCAUGAAUCAAUUCAAUCAGAUAUAAUUAAUGAAUUAACUGAAUUAACUGCUUCAUUAAAAAAUUCAGCCUAUACUUUAAGUUCAAAGAUUUUAAAUGAUGAUUUAUUAAUUCUUAAUGAAACUCAAGAAACUUUAGUAAAGAAUUCGAAUUUAUUUAAAGUAAUUGAUAAAGAUUUAAAUAAUUAUAUUCUUAAUAAGACUGGAGGUAAAAUAAGUUUUUGGUUUUUAUUAAAAAUGUCUGUUAUUAUAAGUAUAGUAUUCUUAUUUGUAAUAAUCUUUAUUAAGAUAAUCCCCAAGAUUUAAGUUAGGUACAGUUAAUUUAAAGUAAUAAUAUAUUAGUAGUAAUAAAGUAACUAAGUGAACUAUGAACAGAAAAGAAUGAAUCAUACUAAAUAUCAAUCAAAGCAAAUUAGAAAGAUUUCAUAAGUAUAUAGUUAUCGAGAGAUAUGUAUGAUGUAAUGAUAUAAAAGUAUGACAUGAGAUAAGGUAAUUUAAAAUUAUACUAUGAUUGCUUAUUACUAACAAAGUAAUAUAUGCAAUAUGAAUGAAAUGUAUCUUGCUAAAGACAAAAAAAAAAAACCAACAAACGACAA